GGUUGGUUCGGGAAAGGGAGGGGCGGAGCGCUUCUCCUUACCGGGCGGUGUCAGCUGAAGAAAACGGGAUAGAGGAGCUGUGAGAGGCCGACAGAGGGAUUCGUUUCCCCGGGUGGUAUUACUGAAUUGCACCAGCGGACUUACAGUAUAGUAAACAUGUCAAAGGUCAGUGCUGAGGAGAUGGAGGAGAUCAGGGAGGCCUUCCAGAAAGUGGAUGUGGACAGCAACGGGUACAUCAGCGCCUCUGAACUCGGUAAUCUGUUCCAGGAGGUGCGCUGUCCUCUGCCUGGAUACCAGAUCAGAGAACUCCUUCAGAAGCUGGACAGAGACAACGACAGCCGCAUCAACCUUGAAGAGUUCACGGCUAUUUUCAAGGAUAUGAAGGACGACCGCAUGGCUCAGGGUUUCAGGAAAGCUCUCAACAAGAAAGAAGGCAUUGUAGCCAUCGGGGGCACCAGCAAUAUCUCUAGUGAAGGAACUCAGCAUUCGAUCUCUGAGCAGGAGCGCUUCGCCUUUGCCAACUACAUCAACUCUUCUUUGGAGAAGGAUCCAGACUGUAAACAUGUCCUGCCCAUCAACCCCAGCACUGAAGCUCUGUUCAAAGCAGUGGCAGAUGGCAUCGUGCUUUGUAAACUCAUCAACCUCUCUGUUCCUGACACCAUUGAUGAGAGAACCAUCAAUAAAAAGAAACUCACGCCUUUCACCAUACAGGAGAAUCUGAACUUGGCUCUGAAUUCAGCCUCGGCCAUUGGCUGCCAGGUUGUCAAUAUUGGAGCUCAAGAUCUGAAGGAGGGAAAACCUCACCUGGUGCUUGGACUCCUCUGGCAGAUUAUCAAGAUAGGACUGUUUGCUCAUAUAGAGCUGAGCCGCAAUGAAGCGAUAGCAGCGUUGCUAGGGGAAGGCGAGAGUCUGGAGGAUUUGAUGAAACUCAGUCCUGAGGAGCUCCUGCUUCGCUGGGCCAAUUUCCAUUUAAAGAAAGUUGGCAUGUCCAUAUCAAACUUUUCUGGCGAUAUUAAGGACUCCAAGGCGUACUUCCACCUGCUUGAGCAGAUCGCUCCAGACGGCAGCAAAGAGGACGUUCCACGGGUUGAUGUCGAAAUGACUGGUCUUUAUGAGAAAGAUCUCACGAAGCGAGCAGAGUGUAUGCUCAAACAGGCCGACCGCCUUGGCUGCCGACAGUUUGUAACCGCCACUGACGUCGUGUGUGGAAAUGCAAAGCUCAAUAUGGCCUUUGUAGCCACGCUCUUCAACAAACACCCGGCUCUCACCAAACCAGAGAACCAAGAGUGGAACCUGGAGAGUGAAACCAGAGAGGAGAGAACUUUCAGGAACUGGAUGAACUCUCUCGGAGUCAGUCCACAUGUUCACCAUAUCUACGGCGACCUGCAUGAUGCCAUGGUGAUUCUGCAGCUUUAUGAAAGAAUAAAGGUGCCAGUGGACUGGGACAAUAGAGUCAACCGCCCUCCAUUCAAAGGAGUAGGAGGAGGACAUUUAAAAAAGAUGGAAAACUGCACCUACGCUGUGGAGCUGGGCAAGAAAAGCGCAGGUUUUUCCCUGGUGGGAAUUGGCGGACAGGACCUCUACGAUGGAAAUCCAACUUUAACUCUGGCACUGGUGUGGCAGUUGAUGAGGAGGUACACUUUAAAUGUUCUUGAAGACCUCGGACAUGGAGAGGUCGCUGGAGAUGAUUUGAUCAUUUCAUGGGUCAACAAGACUUUGGCUGGGGCUGGCAAGAGUUCCUCUAUCAAAAGCUUUAAGGACAAAGUGAUCGGUACCAGUGUUCCAGUUCUGGACGUGAUUGACGCCAUUCAGCCGCAUAGUGUGAACUAUGAGCUGGUUAAAACAGGAAGUCUGUCAGACGAAGACAAACUGGACAAUGCCAAGUAUGCCAUUUCCAUGUCGAGGAAGAUCGGGGCCAAAGUCUACGCCCUGCCUGAGGACUUGGUGGAGCUCAACCCCAAAAUGGUGAUGACCAUCUUCGCCUGCCUGAUGGGUAGAGGCAUGAAGAGGGCAUAAAAGAGACACACAUACACUCACACACUCACACACACAUAAUGACUGACUGUCUGCGCCUGUUGGAUUGUAUGAGACAUGAAGAGAGUGAACAUAGCUUUAUUGUUUUGUUCCUUUAAGGUUCUUCUGCAUUAGCAUAAAUAGAAGUGUCACUUUAUUCCCUCUAUUCUGAGUUCAACUGUUAGGAUACAGGAAUGAACAAUAACAUGACACAAACAGUGGUGAUCUUUGGGCUCAAAAGGAAUGUGUAUUUUCCAAAUGUUCAGACAAUGAAGUGAGACUUCUAUAACGGCUACAUGGCAGAUAUUUGGGUUUUUUUGGAUCUCGGUUUUGCUUCGGGUCACUACGGUGGUUGAGUGAUUAGCAGUGUCUCAUUAAGAAAGACUCAACUUCCUAUACUUCCUAUAGAUAUGAAUACAAGUGUGAGUGGGUUUGUCUAGACUGGCAACCUGUCCAGGGUUUGCCCAGUGCAUGCUGGGAUAGAAACGUGUCCUAUCUGUGGCCCUGAUGAGGGGUAAGGCUGUGAUACAUGGGAAACAUUUAAAGACCGCUUAACAUAAAGCAAUAAUUUAAGCUAUUGAGAGUUGGGAGUUUUUUCUCAACAUUUUUUAUGUGUAAUAAGAUUUUAUUGCACUUUUACCUCUGCAUUCCUGCUUUUCUCCCAAACACAUUACUUGACAUUUGCAUUGCAUCAAAGUUUCCCAUGUGUCACUGCCUCAUGAUAUACCGACUAAGUUCUGCUGUAUCUUCCAAUGUGCCAGCAAAUUCACAGUAUGAGCAUUUAUCGUACUUAAGCCAUAAUAUAAUAUCCUUUACUGAAUACCUUUGGGCCUUUUUUAUGUACAACCAAAGCUGUGCAAGAUUACAGUCAGUGUAUGUCUUCACACUAGCAUCUAUAAAACUGAAUACCUUCAUUUGUUUAUAACCUAACCAUUGAUACUGAUGCAAUUAAGGUAUUUUUAAUGAGAUUUUAAGGGGAUAAUUAUGUAAUACAUGUGUACCUUUCACCACAACAUGUUUCUUAAUGGAUUAUCUUUAAGUUAUUUCUAAGUGGUAAAACCCCCUUAAAUCUGACUGGAUGUCAUCCAUUUAUUUGAAUAUUAAAAAGCAUCUUACUUUUUCAGUUAAGGUGAAAUCCUAUUGGUAAACGGGGAAGGUGGGUAAACCCUCAAACCUUUAUAAUCCAGAUAAUCCUUUAAUACCCAUUGAUAAUACAUCUAUAAAUGUAUCCAUCAAUUGACCCCAAAUUUGUGGUGAACCCAUGAAUUUGCACCUUAGUUGAAAGGUGCUAAUAAGGUACAAACUAACGAUUACCUGCAAUACUGUUUUGUAUAUUUCAAGGACUUAUUUAACCCUUAAAAACACCUUCAUCAAUGCAGAAUUAAUUAAAAAUCAUUUAAUAUAUUAUCCAUCCAUCUAUUAACGUAUUCAUUAUGAAACCACAAAUUUGGGGGAAUUACAUACCUGAAAUCUGCCUAAGAAUUCUUUAAAAUGUAAUUUAAUUGCACCAUAUUUCCGACCCCUCAAUGCUGUCUGGAGAUGAUUAUUCACACAGGAACAGAACAUCUGUAUUUGAUGAGUUGAAGAUGUAGAACUGAUCCAUGUGAACACUGUCAAAGAUUUAUCUGUUCCUAAUUAAACAGCCUGAUUGAAAUAUGACUUCAAUUGUAAUAAACAUCCUAAGAACAAUUUUUAGUCCUGUGUUAGUCUAGAAUAUCAAUACAUUUAGUCUUAACACUGCAGCUGAAUAUGUGGAUACGUUAUCCAGUUUUGUUGCUGCUGAUUUUAACACUUGAUAUGUUUUGUUGUUGUUUUUCUUUCCCAAAUGUUUCUCAGUAAAGCACUUUCCAAUAAGCUGUUUAUCUAUGUCAGCUCUUUGGAAUGUUAUAAAAAUAAAAUAUAUUGCUUUACAUGAUAGCAAUACUCCAAAAAUCCUGUGUACAAUCAGAUUAAUAAUGAGAAUUAAUAAAAAAAAUAAUAAAAGCAUUUUUCCAUAUGC